ACUAUAUUAUUCUUAAUAUAUAAAUAUAUAUCACGGUUACACAUUUGUUAGAAAUAAUUAUUACAUUUUAAGUACCUAAAAUAAAUUUCGAACAAUACGUUACAGCGGAAUAAUAUUAAUAUGACAGAGAUUUUGGAUAUUGAUGGGAGCGUUUUAGAAGGAGGCGGCCAAAUUCUAAGAAAUUCCAUUUCAUUGAGUGCCAUUCUUGGCAUACCAGUGAGGGUAAAAAAUAUUCGAGCGGGUAGAAAAAAACCCGGCUUGGCAGCGCAACAUUUAAAAGGAAUUCAGCUAGUAGCAGAAAUGUGCCAGGCAAAAUUAAGUGGUGCUCAUAUUGGUUCUACCGAUAUUCAAUUUAUCCCAGGGAAGAUCAGAGGUGGCCAGUACCUAGCGCAUAUCCAGACAGCUGGAUCUGUAAGUCUUUUACUCCAAGUGGCCUUACCCUGUGCACUGAUGGCAGAUUCUCCUGUAAUCUUAGAUCUCAAGGGAGGGACCAAUGUAGACAUGGCGCCACAGAUAGAUUACAUGAAUGAAAUAUUUAGAGAAAACCUGAAACAUUUUGGUGCUAAAUAUUCCUGGAAGAUAAUAAAGAGAGGAUACUUUCCACGAGGAGGUGGACAUGUACAAGUGACUGUGAACCCAAUACGGUCCUUAAAAGGUGUUACCUUUCAUGAUAGGCUUUAUAGAGGCCCUCAUUUCGUCAAUAUAUGGAGCUUUGUAGCUGGGAAUUUGCCUGUUAAGAUAGCUUAUGAAAUGGCCAAUGGUGCUAAAGAAAAAAUAGAUAUCAUAGAGCAUCCAGUUUAUACUAAUUGUAUAAAAGACCAGCAAUAUGUACAAAAUAACUGCAGCGGUAUUCUUUUAUGGAGUCCUUUGGUCACUGGUGGUGUAUUAGGUGCCGACGCUUUAUUUAAGGGCUCCAUUGAUCCCUUCGAAGCUGGACAAAAAAUUGGGGCAGAUUUUAUGAAUUUAAUUUAUUCAGGGGUCAGCCUUGAUUCACAUGCUCAGGAUCAAAUGAUAAUAUAUAUGUGCCUAGCGGAGGGAAAAUCAAUCGUUCAUACAGGAGAGAUCACAUUACACACAAAGACAGCAAUACAUAUAGCCGAGACCAUUGCUAAGACAAAAUUCACAAUACGACCGGAUGAAGAAGACAAAAACUUUAUCGAAUGCACCGGAUUGGGAAUUUUCAACAAGAAUAUAUCUAUAAAUGAUUAAUUGGUAUUUUGUAUGCGGCUUCUUACGAAUAUAUUUGUUAACAAAGUGCUAUUUAGAUUAUAACGCCAUCUAACGAUGCAAAGUAGAAAUUAUACGAUACGCGAAUAUUAAAAUGGAAGCUUGCAAUACGACCCUACAAUGGGUAACCUACUCGCGGUGAUCAUGUCUGUAUAUAGACAGACACACAUGGUGCCCGCAUAUUAACAUAAGCUUGAUUAUAUAAAAAUAAUAUUACUUAUUCUAAUUGAAUAUAUUUUGAAUGUACAACAGACUGAUUCAAAUAAAGUAAUAUAUAAUAUA